AUGGCCGCUCUUCCCCCGGAAAGAACAAUUAUCGAUAGGGCGUUUACUACAACUGGUGUGGACUUUGCUGGUCCCUUUGAGAUAAAAUCGUUUUGGGGUCGGGCUUGCAAAAUUACAAAAGGAUAUGUUUGUGUAUUCGUAUGCUUCUCGACCAAGGCUAUUCAUUUGGAGGCAGUAUCGGAUUUGUCCACAGCCAGUUUUAUAGCCGCAUUACAUCGCUUUAUAGCGCGUCGAGGUUGUCCAGGUACUAUAUUUUCGGACAAUGGCACAAAUUUCGUAGGAGCUUCACGUGAAAUUGACCGGAAUUAUAGUCGUUUCAUUCGUGAAAGUUGUGAUUCAGCAUCAGAGGCUCUUGUUCAACAGGGUGUCGUAUGGAAAUUCAUUCCAGCUGGUGCACCACAUAUGGGUGGUCUAUCGGAAGCCGGAGUGAAAAGUUUUAAGCAACAUUUCCGAAAACAUUGUCGAAAUCUUCGGUUUACCUUUGAAGAAAUGGCGACAGUAUUAGCUCGCAUAGAGGCUUGUUUGAAUUCGCGGCCGCUUUGUCCUAUGUCAGACGAUUCGGGUGAAUUAGUUUCCUUAACACCCUGUCACUUUCUUAUUGGUGGCGACACUAUCACCAAAUUUAGUGGUGAGAAUUCAUUGUGUCGGACCAUCAUACCCAGUUCGGUCAGUGUUAGACCCAUGCGCUGUCCAAAGUCAAAUAUGUGCCUCAAUGGUUGA